CUUUCAAAGGUCACACAACACAUCGAGGAAGUAAAAUAUAUGGAAGGUUUUUAUAUUUUUGUAUUAUUCAUUGUUCUGAACAGCUCUUUGUAGCUUUUGUUUUUCGGAUAGACUUGUUUUGGAAACGUCGACUAGGCCAUUAUCACUUGGUAAGGAUUGUGUGUUGUCCGUGGAGCUUCAAGAAAAAUCCUUGUAGUCGACAGGGACAGGAAACAUAACGGAAAAACGUACUGAAAAGGCAAGAAAUGAACAGCAACAGUGUUGUACACAUAAUGAUGGAAUGAAUGCGGGAGUUAUAAGUAAUUGUUGUCUGAGUUGUUGUCAAACUUUACUGAAAAUUCCAAUACAGAUAAUGGUUUGGAUAUUUGAAAAGUGUUGUUUGGUGUUGGAAUACAUUCGUUUUUCAAUGAGAAUGCUACAUAACAGGACAAUUGGGUUUCAAAAGAUGAAGGUCGAAGAGGAACUGCACAUGGUAGAAGUUGGAAAUGGCACAAGUAACGACAGAAAACUUAUAGAAGUUAAUAUCAGAUUGCAGCAACAGGAAGGUCAACUUGAAUUAACGAAAGAUGAAAAUCUACGACUACAAGAAUACAAAAGGGAGAUUGGUCCACUUCGUAACGAAUACAACAUGCAAGCAAAAAUGCUUCAAGAUUUUAAGGAAAAAAUAAAUGUGCUACAAAGGGAAAAGAGUGAUGCGUUAACAAGAUUGAGUGAGGUGAUGGGGUCAAAACUACGCGACAAUAAUCCAGCAAUUACAGACCUAAAUGAUCCAAACAGACCAAUGAAACUUGGGGACCAGUUUAGUGAGUUGUAUGAAAAUGAAUGGACUGAUGCCUACUCUGUAUUAGAGGAUUCCGAAAAAUUAACAGAAAUCGAAAUCAUAGAAAUUCUUAUAAAUAUUCUCAACGUGAUUUAUGAGACAUGUUUAGCAGAUGUGUCUCAGCAGCUGUCGGGACACAGAAGCACUGUUCAUGGCCUAAGUGAUGAUGAAAUAGAAGGGUUUAUAAAAGCUGUAAAGGAUUCCAUAAAAACCAAUGCAUCAAAGUAUAUUCCACUACUCCGUAAGAAAAUAACCAGUGACAGUUCAAGUUGUAAAACUGUUGUUCAGCACAGAGAUUGCUGUCUAGCAUACAUAGAAAAUUGUGUCAACCUUUGUUACUAUGUAGCUGUCCAAGAUCCACCAAUGGUCAUAGAUUUUGAACCUGGACAGAUAUUUGAUAAACAAUCAUGGAAGGAAUACACUCGUUCAGGAACCCAGGUUGAAUAUGUAGUAUGGCCUGCUUUGUAUCUGUACAAAGGAGGUUCUAUUAUGUCUAAGGGUGUUGUUCAGCCUAAAGAAAACACGCUAUGAUGAUAUUAUAUAUGUUAUCAAAUCGUUUAAAAACAAAAUGGUCUUACCAUUUCAUCAAAAAUAAUAUCUCUGUAUAAUGUUUAUAAAAAAAUGAUUUUAAAUUAUGAGGCUAAUGGACGUAUUUUUAUUUUAGAAAAAAGUAAGACAUGUGUCCAUCAAAUAGAAAAGUAAAUCAUUUCCAUUAUAUAUACUGUCAAUAUUAUUAAUCAUUUAAAGAUACUGUUUGCAUAACUUUUGUUCUUUCUUUCUUUGUUAUAUCACAAUAAAAAAGAACAUAUC